AUGAAACUAAGGCCAGAAUUUGAGUCUAUUCGCUCCAACCUAAUGCACAGGGAUCCUUUACCAUCUCUUGACGUGUGUUUUGGAGCACUUCUUCGAGAGGAACGUCUUCUUACUCAAUCUUUGCUUCCACAAGAGAAUACUGUCGCAUACGCUGCUCAAGGCAAAGGGAGGGUUCGAGACAUGCGUACAGUUCAGUGCUACAGUUGCAAAGAUUAUGGGCAUAUUGCUGCCCAUUGUGCUAAAAAGUUCUGCAACUACUGUAAACAGAAGGGGCACAUCAUCAAAGAAUGCCCAACACGUCCUCAAAACCGACCCGUGAAUGCUUAUCAUGCUACUGCUACUGGCCACACUUCGGAUGGGGUAACCAACACUCAAAAUCUCGCUCCAGUGUCAUCUUCCACUACUGCUACACCUGCCCUUACACCAGAAAUGGUGCAGCAAAUGAUUGUAUCGACAUUUUCCGCUUUAGGGCUGCAAGGAUCCGGUGUCGGGGAGGACAAUAGCAAAGGGGCCUAAAGUUGGGAGACUGUU